AUGGUAGCUCUGAGCGACUUCCAGAGGAUCGGCGUGGGACUGGUUGGCUUUGGCCUCUUCUUCGUCCUCUUUGGGGUCCUCCUGUACUUCGACUCAGUGCUCCUGGCCUUUGGGAACAUCCUCUUCCUCUCUGGCUUGGUCUUCAUCAUCGGCUUCAAGAGGACUUUCACCUUCUUCUUCCAGCGCUCAAAGAUGAAGGGCACCAGCUUCUUCUUGGGUGGGGUCAUCAUUGUCCUCAUGAGGUGGCCCCUCCUGGGCAUGCUGGUGGAGGCUUAUGGCUUCAUCGACCUCUUCAGGAGUUUUUUCCCAGUGGCUUUUGGGUUCCUGGGCUCCCUGGUAAACAUCCCUCUGCUGAGCAAGCUCUUGCAGAAGAUGGAAGACAGCAGCUCCAUGGUGUGA